AUGACCGGUAAAUAACUGUAACUUGGUUUGUAAACUAUUGUAUCAAUUUUGAAGAUAGGCGCCCUCACGUGGCGCUUACCUUUCUAAAUUCGAAUGAUCAUCAUUUCCAUCAUUUCUUUCUUCUCUUCUACCACGACGAUGAUGGAUGAAUCUGCCUUGUUACUACCCAUUUCUUGCAGAUUCAUUCCAUACGACCAAUGGCUCACUACCCAUGUCGACCCUGCUUGGAGGGUGAAACAGGUAAAGCACUGGAUCCUAUCAAAAUGUAUAUCCCACAUCAAGGAGGAGGUCGAUAUUGAAGUACCGGAGCCACGACACAGAUCUCCUUCCCCCAUUAUAUUCGCACCGCCCAAGCAUCAUCGCCCAACAUCGCCCAUCGAAUACAGUACAAAGGCGGGGAGUGGGUACGAGGAGGAUGACGAGGCAGAUGCUGAAGGUGAAGACGUCCAGAAACUGCCUGCUCAACUCCCAAGCAGUUCUGUGUUACCUGCCGCCGAACCACCACCUCCGACUAAGUUGAAGGCCAGACGGAAGAAGAAAUCUACUUCGUCCUCGGAGCCUAUACAUCCCCAUCACCGCUCUGCAUAUGAGCCUUCUCGUCUCACCCUGCUACGUUUUUCGACCGGCCAGAUUCUGGAAGAUGAUUUCACCUUUGCUUGGUAUGAGAUUCAACCGGGAGAGUUGUUCGAGGUCCAUCGCGUUGGUGUCGUGCUGAAACUGCAGAGAACGGCACCGGCAGAGUAUGCGAAGCCUUAUUGGGAAGGAUGGGCAAAGGCAGUGAACACGAACCCGAAUGGGGGGAAGAAGAAGAAUGUAAUGGGCGACGGAGGGAAGGAAAGCAAGUUCGAAUGGAAAGACCAUUGGGUGGUAAUCAGAGAAGGUCAGAUGCAGUUGUGUAAUGACCGUUCUGAUCCUAUUCCACACAAGGCUCUUUUCCUAUCGCAUUUGACGGCGAUUCGCGGGUCAGAUCACCUCAAAGAGACCGCCGUUAAGGUCACCCCGGAGAUGCGAAUCAUCUGCGCCAAGUUCAAGAUCCGCUCGAGUGUUACAACGUCGACAGUAGUCGAAACAGUCUCGUCUGAGAAAGAUACUGAACCUUCAACAACAUUUACCGUAAUAUCUCCUGCUAAGAAGCCCCCGCACCCGUUGACCAUUGACCUUCGACGGACCCGGAAACGUGCAUCGACAAUAUCUCACCUACCUCACAAAACCGGCCAUGAUUCAGACUCGACUAAUCCAGACGGCGAAGACGACUCUGAUUCAACGCUAUCCUCUCCCGUGUUCGCUCACGAUCCUCGAACGGAUGAAGAGGUUGAUGAUCUCGACGAUGACAACGAUAUCAAGUCAGUCCUGGGCCUUCGUUAUGGACCCCGUCAUCGAUAUAGACAUGACAGAGCCAUCAAAAUUCGUGGCUCAGCAGAAGAUGACGACGAUUUACCGUCAGUCGACCCAACAGGAGAAAAAUCAUCUGAAAUAGGUGAAUGGAUCGUCCUGGACCUGCUCGAAGACAGCGGGUACCUGUCUCUGUUGCGUACUCUCCAUCGUCUGUUCCCGCAUGAGCACUUGUCAAUCCACGAGGCAUCGACGUUUGUCUCUACCCUUUUACCCUCAUUGAACUCACCUGGCACCCCCGUCCCGCCAACUCCGCCUCCCACAUCGGCUUCAACGCAUCCGACCUCGCUGCUCCCGUCGCUACCACACAACUACGGAGCUUUGGCGUUUCCCGAAUGGCGCACGGAGCUGGUCCAUCGCGCUCGCAAAGCCGGAAUAGGGAAUGUCGGCGGCGCCAUGGGGUGUCUGAUGUGGGGUCUGGCGCAUGCGAGAGAGGAAGAGGAAGAGACAGAAGAGGACGAGAGCGAUACGGGUUCGCUGGCUGAGUGGGAUGGGUGGAUGGUGGAUCUGCCGAGGCAGGCUAAUGCUAUGAAAGAGCGCGAGCAGCCGGCGAAUGGCGACGAGUAUGACGACGACGAUGAGGAUGACACGAAUUAUCACCAGGAGCAGUCUGACAGAAUGGCGUUGGAACCUUCGGCUGUCGUGACAUCAGUCCCGCUUUUUGCCUCACCUGCCACUACGCCUCCACUGUCGUCACCAUCUUCCUCUGAGUCGCUGUUCAGGAGAUCGGGAGCGCUGAACGUGAACGUGCUGGUAGAUAGCCAUGGCCGUGAGUUACGGCACAGCAGGUCGGACGAGCCGCAGCUACAUGAGCAGGGGCCAGCGCGUCGGCCAAGUAUGCCGUCGCUGUUGUUUGGGGGAGCUGGUGUAGGUAGAUCAGGUAGUGUGUUGAAGAAGGGGAAAGGGAAGGAGAGAAAGAAGGACAGGGCGAGACCUGCUCACCACGACGAGUUGGCUGAUGCAGACGGGAAGAAGAAGAGCGGGUUGGCGAGGGGCAUGGAGAAGUUUGUGAGGGGUUUAGAUCCGACUUUGGAUUUUGUUGAUUCUCGGUAAGUGCUUAUUGUUGUAAUAGUAAUACUUUGUACUGUACACGCUGUGUUUUUGGGAAAGUCUGGUGUAUUAAUCGUUUGUCUGUAUACAUAUCCUCGUUUAAUGUAUUGAGCUUGUAGAACUUGAAUAGAGUAUCCUCUUCUUUAACUGCCGAAAUCUUAAAAUGCCAAUACCGG